UAAGUAGCGCCAGGUGAAGGCCACAUCUAAUCGUAAUCUGUGCAGCAAGCUUGCAUUGCACCUUUUCAUGGUGGGUGGUGUCUGUAUUUUCAUAUCUGGGUCGAGUUCGUGAAGGCGGCGAUGACGAUGACCUGGCGAGGCCCAAUGUACUGCGGUAUUAUCGCGUAGAAGUCUAUACACUAGGGCAUUAGUGUCUGGUCGUGAAAAUGGGAUGGACACUGAGUUGGCAUUAAUGGGGGUCAUCUUUGCCCAUGCGUUGGCGAGCCCAUUUCCAUGUAAGCCACGGUGUCCUGGAAUCCAUUGAAACCUUAUGCAAUGACCAACUCUUAGGGCGGCGUCGUGUGAUUCGAUUACCUCUUGAGCAAGUAACGUCCUCGUCUAAGUGUAGAAUCGAUCACUUGAUGUGCCGGCUUGGAACAGCAAAAUAUAGUCCAAGUCUGAUGCAGCUCCAUCGAUAUAUGCCUAAUUGCCUCCUGAAUGGCAACAAUUUCCGUGGCCGUUGUAGUUUGGUGGUCGAGAUGGAAGCGCUUACUGAUCUUCAUUAUCGUUAUUACGAAUGCCUCGGUUGAAGUCGUUGUUGACACAGACCCGUGAGUAAAUAUCUGCGUGGAAGCGACAUAUUCUUCAGAUAUAUGGGGCAAAGUAAGUUGUUAAAUUUCAUGUUUUCGCUACAAGUAGCCAGAAUCCCUGAUUCAUCAUAGAUCACUUGGUAAAUGAGGCGUUCAAUAGCAUUUAUUUAUAUCAUCGUCUUAUGAUGACUCGUUUUCUGUUGCGUAGAAUCGCCGCCAUUCGACUAUACGUCAUGCUGCCCGAAGAAGCCCUCCGAGCUUCCGGUGAUUUCGGGCCAUUCCAGUACCUGCUGAUCAUCUACCUGUGUGUGCUGGUGGCACCUGUUCGUGUGAUGCCGCUGUUCGCGCACGUGUUCAGCCUUCUGGUGCCCCCGCACCACUGUAGACUGCCCCAACAGCUCUACGGGCAGCUGCUUGGAAACGCGUCAUACGCUCGAGACCUGAUCUUGCAGGCGGCGCUACCUCGCGAGGACGAUGGAAGCUUCAGCCGAUGUCGCAUGUACCAUCCGAACGACACGAUAGCACGGUAUGAAAAAUCAGCGUUGCUGCGGCGCUCAGAAAACAAUUACUGGAAUGGGACAACCGGCGGCGACGCUGAUUCCCAGACGAUGAACUGCAUUUACGGGUGGGAGUACGACUACUCCCUAAUUUACCCCACCGUCGUGUCAGAGUACGACUGGGUGUGCGAGAACCACUGGAAAGCGUACGUGGCUGACACAACGUUCUGGAUGUGUUCUAUUGUUGGUGUCCUCAUCUGCGGAUAUUUGACAGACAAGGUUGGCCGUGUUCCGGUGAUCGCCGCUGUGAACUUGCUGUGUGGGGUAGCCGGCCUGUACACUUUCUUCACGACGGGCUUCGCGCACUUCCUCGUCAGUCGAGUAUGCUUAGGUCUCGUGAUGCUUACCCUCAGCAUCACUCCUUUCGUGCUCGUGGUGGAGUUCGUGGCCCCCAAGCUUCGUAUGAUGGUGCUGACCGGCUUUCAGCUGUCCUACCCGAUUGUCGGCGCGGCGUUUCCAUGGUUGGCCGUUCUUCUCUUUAACUGGCGUACUUUGACAGUUGCCUCGGCUGCUGUGCCCCUUUUCGCCAUGGUUUGUUGCUUAUUCCUACCCGAAUCCAUACGCUGGCUAGUGUCCCACGGCAAACAGGAUCGAGCCAAGAAAAUCGUUCUCAUGGUUGCCAAGGUCAAUGGUAAGGUUCUGUCAGAGGAAUUCCUACAAAAAUUUCAGUUCUCGGAUUUGCAGCAAACGGACAAGAGCAAGCAUUCCGUGAUGGACAUGUUGAAGACCAGCAACCUUCGCAAAAACUUCAUCCUCACCCUGGCCUGCUGGACCUUGGCCUGCCUGGUGUACACGGCUGGUCAGCUAUAUGCAGCCAACGCAAGCCAAGAUCCGUUCGUCAUGACCACCGCCGUGAAUCUGGUGGAUGUCGUAUCAACGGUGACAGCACUUCCUUUGGCUGAUCGCUGGGGCCGCAGGCCGGUGAUGAUGACCGCCUGCAUUGGCGCCGCGUUGGGUUACUUCUGCGCCGUUGCAGUACCUUGGGACGCCGUCCUCUGCGCCACUGCGGUGUCCAUGGUGGCCAGACUAGCACUGACCAUGGCGUACGACGUGGCGUAUCUGCACGCAGCCGAGGUGUAUCCGACGGUGGUUCGGUCGCAGGCCAUGGCCAUCAGGCAGGCAUUCGGCUCGGUCGGAAGGUUCCUCAGCUCGCAGGUCAUGCAGCUGACGUAUUUUGGGCGGUCCCUGCCACUCGUGGUUAUGGGAACGAUGUCCUUCCUGCUGGCUAUGCUGACGUUUCCGCUACCGGAAACCCUGAACCAGGAACUGCCGGAAGAACUCGCGGACGGAGAGAAGCUCGUCCUCGGACAGAACACCUGCUGCUUUUCGGCGUCGGCGAAACCCAUAGCUUCACCAGCCUCUCCACGUCCUCGAAGUCGAACGCACUCUGUUCUUUAGAAACACUUCAAUGUAAAAAAGCUUUAAUGUGAUACUCGCACUGAGAUGGUGUACAAAUUCGGUGGUCAGCUCGAUUGACCAACUAAACGUGCCACCAUCUGCAGCAUGUAAUGACACAAAAUCCUGCCCUGACUUUAUGGCAGCGCUUGUCAUACUAAGUCGUCUAAGGAAAAGAAAAAUUUAUUCAAAGCGGUUAACUUUCUGACCAUCUCUGGGUACAUCCCCGGUUGCAGUAACUGGUUGAAGUGUUACUGGAGUAAGUAAGGGUUACACUGACCGCCUAAUAAAAGUUGUACAGAAGCUUAGUCGGCGAAGCGGUGUAGUUGGCGCGGUGAACUGCUAGAGGUACAUAUUUAGGCUUUCUUUUCUUUGAGUGAUGCGAAAGCCAAGUCUAAUGCCAAAACUAGUGUCACCUGUCUUCAAUAAAGUUUUUGU